AUGAUCAUAUAAUUAUAACCAACCAUCAAGGGACCAACGUGAUUCUAUUUCUAGCAUCACUUUGCUUUAACGAGAGCACGUGUCAGAUUCUGUACAUGCGCCAUUGGUUUAUCGUUUUUUAACUUACCCUGUUCGGUUCUUUCUUUCAACCUUCUAUAAUUAGAGCAUAAAAUGAAGCAAAACCAUCGUCCUCGGCCGAAAUAACCUCCCCACUCUCAGAACAUCGAUCACAUGUUUCCUCUUUCUUUUUCUGGUUUAGUUUUCUAUGUUCUCAGCACCAGCAGAUUUUGUCUGUUGAUUUCGAAAGAGUAAUCGUUUGAAUUUUCUUGAAAAAAAAAACAAUGGGAUAUCUCGACUUGGCCUUGUCGUCUUCCAACGCUUCACAGACUGUUGAAACUCCUUCGAGCGGUGGAGGUCUCAGCCAGAAUGGAAAAUUCAGCUAUGGAUAUGCAAGCUCUGCUGGGAAGAGAUCAACUAUGGAAGACUUCUUCGAGACGAGGAUCGACGGUGUUGAUGGAGAAAUCGUUGGUCUUUUUGGCGUUUUUGAUGGCCAUGGUGGAGCCAGGGCAGCUGAGUAUGUGAAGCGUCAUCUUUUCACUAAUCUGAUUACUCAUCCAAAGUUUAUCUCUGACACCAAAUCAGCUAUAACUGAUGCCUAUAACCAUACAGACUCUGAGCUUCUCAAAUCGGAAGAUAGCCACAAUAGAGAUGCUGGUUCGACUGCGUCUACCGCUAUUCUUAUUGGUGAUCGUUUACUUGUUGCAAAUGUUGGUGAUUCACGAGCUGUUAUCAGCAGAGGCGGAACUGCUAUUGCUGUGUCAAGGGACCAUAAACCUGACCAAAGUGAUGAGCGUGAAAGGAUUGAGAAUGCUGGUGGAUUUGUGAUGUGGGCAGGGACUUGGAGGGUUGGAGGAGUUCUUGCAGUUUCUCGUGCAUUUGGUGAUCGUCUUCUGAAGCAAUAUGUUGUUGCUGAUCCAGAGAUCCGGGAGGAAAAGAUUGACGAGACUCUUGAGUUUCUAAUCCUAGCAAGUGACGGGCUAUGGGAUGUUUUCUCUAAUGAGGAAGCAGUUGCAAUGGUUAAGGAAGUUGAAGAUCCAGAGGACUCUGCGAAGAAACUUGUGGCGGAAGCAAUCAAGAGAGGGAGUAAAGACAACAUCACAUGCGUCAUCGUUCGUUUCUUGGAGACAUCUUCUUCAAGCCAUGUCAGCUUCUCUUCAUCCACGAGAUCCAAUCAAAUGCCGCCACUUGGAGACCUCAAGAUCUCAUCCAAUGAAACUAAGCAAGUCCAGAUCGAGGCAGAGAACAGCAGGACAGUGAAAAAACCAUAGAGUGCUGCAAGCAGCUUAACCGAUGAGGUGAGUGGCCGUUAAUGGUUUAGGGAAUAAACCAGAGAAGUCAGUGAACCUAAAACCGAUCCCUGCAAGUAGCUCAACCAUGCAGUAUUAAAGGUUUAGUAUGAAAUAUAUAUAUAUA